AUGUCCUCGCCCCAGUCGUGUGCUCGAACUGGCGAGCCGCUCUGGUUCUACUCAGCAGAGGAGCGGCCGCCCAGCGGCACCAAGAUGCCGAAGGUUGUGCCCAAGGUGGUGCGUCGCAGCACCAGCUCUGACUCUGGUGCGCCGGCGCGCAAACGGAGCCGCAGCAGCUACGAUGAGCCUAAGGAGACACUGCCCCAGGGUCCCGGCUUUCUUCGUAGCAUCACGCUCAAGAACUUCAUGUGCCACGAGCACCUCAACUUCAAACUGAAUGAAAGGAUAAAUUUCAUCAAAGGCCAGAAUGGCAGCGGGAAGAGCGCCGUGCUGACGGCAGUGAUGGUGGGACUGGGGGCUCGCGCAGCAACCACCGACCGCGGCAGCAACAUCAAAGGUCUGAUCCGCACUGGUCAGAAGUCCGCUGUGAUAUCUCUGACUCUGGACAACAGCGGCUACGACGCCUUCAGUCCGGAGAAGUACGGCGGCCACAUCACGAUCGAGAGAAGUCUGAAAGACAGCGGCGGCAGCACUUACCGCAUCUCCAGCGAAAAGGCUCCGUCACAGUAUGCUUACCGAUCUAGACACUCAACGGAGGACGCGCUGAUCGACGCGGUGGAGUGGAUGACGCGGCAUGUCGACGAUGGCGAUGUUGUCGCCGUCACGUCCAUCGACUUGAGCCGGGCGUUUGACAGUGUUGACCAUGACGUUCUGCUUAGAAAGCUGUGCUGGGCGCUGAGGGACCCGCACGCUCCCCCGGCGAUCCGCUCCCUGUUCGUCCCUCAGUCGCGGCUCCGUCCGAUGCAGAAAGGCGAGCUGGCGACAAUAACCGACGGCCUCGGCGUACAGGUGGACAACCCGCUGGUCAUUCUCACUCAGGAAACGUCCAAGAACUUCCUCCGUGGGGAGGAUCCGAAGAAGAAAUAUCGGCUGUUCUUAGACGCCACCCGUCUCACCACCAUCGAACGAUGGUACGAAAAGGCGAGACGAAACGAGAAGAUCACGAGGCAGGCGAUAGAGUCCAAACAGAAGAGUCUGGUCGCUCUGAAGGAGGAGGUGAAGAAGUGGGAACGCGAGGCGAACCUGCACAAGAACCGCGCGGAUAUGAAGCGAAAAAUCGCGACCCUGAAGGCGAACCUGCUCUGGGCCAAGGUGAUAGAAGAGGAGAAAAAACUGGAUCUGGUGAAUCAAGAAAAAGAAAAGAAGGAGAACGAAGUAGUGCGCUUUCGUACGGAAAAGGAGCGUCUCACGAGAAAAGUGGAGGAGAAGGGUGAGCUACGAGACCUGCUCGCUCAGCUGGACCGGGAGCGCGCGGAACAAACGGCACGUGCUGAUCAGCUGACUGCACAGCUGCGCGAACUGGCUGCGCAGAAGCGUGACACUGGACUGCAGAUUCGGCGCGCCGAAGAUAUGGCGCGAGUGAGCGCGGAGGAGCGGGACACACUGCGCGCGGAAAUCGAACGCCAGAGGAGAGAAACCCAGCCCGACUACGAGGCGGAGGCCGCCCAGCGGCGCCGGGAGCGUGACGAGCUUACCGACCAGCUGAAGGAGCUGCAGGCCACGGAGAAGACGCGCGCGGCGCACCUGCAGCAGGUCACCGGGUCGGUCAAACAGCAGAGGGAGGAGCUGCGACAGAGUGAGGCAGAGCUGCAGGAGAUGGAGAGAAAACUACGUGAGCUGGAGCUGCAGCAGCGCCAGUACCGCUCCAGCCAGGCGGACCCUCGCGCCGUGUUCGGUCCCUGGGUGGCCGCCGUGGAGCGCGACAUCGAGACAGCCGUCCAGCAGCGUCGGCUCAGAAAGAAACCCAUCGGACCUGUCGGUGCGUUCGUCCGCGUAAAAGCCGGCUACGAGGAGUGGAAGCCCCUGGUUGAGACGUGUCUCGCCGGCCUCCUGCGUGCUUAUCUUGUGGACGACAAAGGCGAUCUGCCUCUGGUAGCCGCCAUCCUGAAGAAGCACACGCAGAAUGAACGAGACCGUCCGCGCGCCAUCGCCUCUAAGUUCCUGGCGGAGGUUCACGACAUCAGCACGAAGGGCAUCAACACCAGCUCUGGCCAGCACGUCUCGGUCUGGUCCGUGCUCGAAAUCGACAACCCAGUCGUGGCCAACGCGGUGAUCGACCAGGCGCGCGCCGAGUCGGUGCUCCUGCUGAGAACUGAGGCGGAGGCUCGUGCCCAGAUGGCGGACCGGCAGCGGGUGCCCCGCGGCUGUGCCCAGGCGCUCACCCAGGCGGGGUUCCGGUACUUCCCCGAUCCCAACUACCGGACGUACCCUGUGAAUGUGCCGCGACAGGCGCGCUACCUGCAGGUGUCCAUGGAGGAGGUGAUUAGCGACCUGGCCCUCCAGCUCCAGGAGCUACGUCCAAGGCGCAGACGACACCAACCACCUGGAGCCGGCCCAGGCGGCUCUCCGAGAGUCCCAGCGGCUGGAGUCCGAGUCCAAGCGACUCCUGACGACGCGCGCAGGCGUCAGGGCGAGCUGCGCAGGAAGAUCAGAGAGCUGGAGUCCCACGAGGACCCCGAGCCGGUCAACCUGCAGGCGCUGGAAGAGGAGGUGAACGUCCUCGAUCGCAAAAUUGAGGAACACAAGGCAGAGGUACCCGCUCUGAUGGAGAAAAG